GCGAGCGAGCGGCAGGCAGGGGGCGUGGGCCGGCGAGAGCGACACCUCCCCGGAGCCCCUUUCCCCGCGCGGCCGCGGGCAGCUGCAGGCAGGUCCGAGCUUGGGAGCGCGGCCCCAUGGAGCCCGCGGGCCGGAGGAGCCGCCCCGAGGAGGGGGAUUGCCCCGAGGAGGAGGAGGUGGACCCCAGGAUCCAGGGGGAACUGGAAAAGUUAAAUCAAUCCACAGAUGACAUCAAUCGAAGAGAAACUGAACUUGAGGAUGCACGCCAAAAAUUCCGCUCUGUGCUGGUGGAAGCUACAGUGAAACUAGAUGAACUAGUAAAGAAGAUUGGAAAAGCUGUGGAAGACUCUAAACCUUACUGGGAGGCCCGGAGGGUAGCCAGACAGGCACAACUGGAAGCUCAGAAAGCGACUCAGGAUUUCCAGAGGGCUACUGAGGUGCUGCGUGCUGCCAAGGAAACCAUUUCACUCGCUGAACAGAGGCUGUUGGAGGAUGACAAGCGUCAGUUUGACUCUGCCUGGCAAGAGAUGCUCAAUCACGCCACCCAAAGGGUCAUGGAGGCAGAGCAGACGAAAACAAGAAGUGAGCUGGUGCACAAGGAAACGGCAGCCAAAUACAAUGCUGCCAUGGGCCGGAUGAAACAGCUAGAGAAGAAACUGAAAAGGGCCAUCAAUAAAUCCAAGCCUUAUUUUGAACUGAAGGCAAAGUACUAUGUACAGCUAGAGCAAUUCAAGAAGACUGUGGAUGACCUGCAGGCAAAGCUGGCCCUAGCCAAGGGAGAGUACAAAACAGCCUUGAAAAACCUGGAGAUGAUAUCAGACGAGAUUCACGAGAGGAGACGGUCUUCUGCCAUGGGACCCCGGGGGUGUGGUGUGGGUGCGGAAGGCAGUAACACCUCAUUGGAAGAUCUUUCAGCAUGUAAACUGGAGUCGGACUCCAUCUCCAUGGCUUCUGAAGUGUUUGAGGAUGACAACUGCAGCAGCUUUGUGUCUGAAGAAGAUUCUGAGACCCAGUCAGUGUCCAGUUUCAGUUCUGGUCCUACAAGUCCCUAUGAGAUGCCCACUCAGUUUCCUCCAGCAACGCGACCUGGAAGCCUGGAUCUGCCUAGUCCUGUCUCCCUGUCUGAAUUUGGGAUGAUGUUUCCUGUACUAGGUCCUCGAAGUGAAUGCAGUGGGGCAUCAUCGCCUGAAUGUGAAGUUGAAAGAGGGGAUAGGGCAGAAGGAGCUGAGAACAAGAUGAGCAACAAAGUGAACAAAAAUAGGAGCAGCAGUGGCAACUCCACUGAGGGUCUGGCUUUAGAUAACCGAAUGAAGCAGCUUUCACUCCAGUGCACGAAAGUCAAAGAGGGGAUCAUUGCAGACAGAAAAGCUGUACAAAUUGGCUGAGUCAUCCUGCUGCUCUGGUUACUGGGAGUAUAAAUAUACAUGAACUUCAAAAUGUCUGAAGAACAUUGUGCCAAUAACUAUUUAAUAUAUGCCAAAUCUUAAGCGUUUACUCUACAGAUUUAAAACUGCACUAAAGAAGUUUAAUUGAUGUUGAGGGCUGAAGUUUUUUUUCAGUAAAAUCUUUGUAGGACAGACAAGUUGUCAAAUGUGUAAGUUGUGCUCGCUGUAUUUCACAGCCUUUGUAAACUGUUUUGUAGCAGCCUGUCUGAAGCAAUAACUAGCAUUGUUCCUGUAUAAACACAUGCCAGUAGGGGUGUGAAAUCCAAGCCAAACGCUUGUGGUGAGCAGUUUGGCUUCAGUUUUGUAGAAUGAGAUGCACUUUAGAUACAGUGGAUCUCUGAAGUGGAAUUGGCAUAUCCUUUAAACAGCCGUAUUUGUCUAUAUUAUUCUCAAACUGUAGAAGUAUUUUGUAUACAAGGCAGCUGUUGCAUGUGUGGGUCUGGAAGUCUUCGGUCUGCCUCCGGUGCUCAUGAGGAAGCUAGUCAUGACCUAAAGUAUUGGCCCGAGAGGGUGGCAGAAACGUGGCAGCAUUGCUCAAUAGUUGUGAGCUCUUUCUACCCCCCUACUUUUCGGGAUGGGGUGUGUGCGACUUUUCCAGGGUGAUUCCAGUGCCAAACUGACAGAUUUAACUUGUUUCUAAGAAUUUGAGUAUCCUUUUUCAGCACCUUAAGUGUUGUUACUGUAAAAUGGCAUGAAUUGGUGUGUGCCAGAGAGAAGUAGUUAUAGAUCUCGACCUACCGAAUAUUAGAGGCUUGUCCUUAAGAUACGCAUGAAGAAAAGGAGUUGCUAAUGUGGAUUGAUGAUGUGUUAAUUUCUCUGUAGGUUGUAACAUGUGAGGUUUUAGAACUGUUUAAGGGACUUACAAUUUUAGUAUCCCCUAGAGAAACUGUUCACUAAAAACAGAAAGGGACUGGGGGCAUGUUUUGGCAGCAGCUGUUAGGCAGUAGUGGUGUCUGGUAGUUAUGCUAAUAAGUGGUAGCAAAAAUCCUAGGACUUCUGAGUUUUGGUAGCUGAAUAUUUCUGAAAGCACUCCGUUUUUUGUUGUUAAUUGGAUGGGAAUUUAGCAUCACCCAAAGUAUUUUCUAUUCCAUGUUUUGCAGUCCUGGUGUAUUUUGUCCCUGCCCCUUGGCUUGUGUAUCUAUUCUCAAAGUAAAUGUAAAAUUCUUCACACUACAGUAAACAUUUUGGUUUUUCACAUUUUA